AUCCCAUGCACGGCCCGCGACGGCUGCAGGUCAUCGACAUCAAAUCCAAGCAGUUCACCGUUCGCUGGGAGCCGUUCGGCUACAACGUGACGCGCUGUCACAACUACAGUCUGACGGUGGAGUAUCGCUACACGCUGAACGCUGAAGAAGAAACCAGAGAGGAGAAAUGUACCGAUACGCUCAGCAUCUCUCCUCAACACACCAUCCGGAACCUGCUGCCCUUCACCAACGUCAGCGUGAAACUCGUACUGAGAAACCCCGAGGGCGUCAAAGAGAGUGAAGAGCUCAACGUUCUGACGGAUGAGGACGUGCCGGGAACCGUUCCUCUGGAGUCAAUCCAGGGCAGCACAUAUGAGGAGAAGAUCGCUCUCAGGUGGAGAGAACCCAUUCAGACGUAUGGAAUCAUCAAACAGUAUGAGAUCUUCUACAAGGCCGUGAGCUCGUUUGACCCUGAGUUUAAUCUGGCCAAUCAGAGCGGGAAGGUGUUGAAGUUCAGUAACGAGACGUCACAUGUGUUUGUGGGAUUGUAUCCUGGUUCCACGUACUCCUUCACUAUCAGAGCCAGCACGGUCAAGGGCUACGGACCACCGGUCAUCACCCAGUUCACAAGCAAGAUAUCACGUAAGAGCAUCACCAUGUUUCCACAAGAACUCACACUAAACCAAUCAGAGUGUCAUCUCUCAUUCCUUUUAAGACAAUCCCAGAUGACUGGAGCCCCCGUCAGUGUGUAUCAGGUGGUGGUUGAAGAGGAGCGUCCGCGGCGUUCACGGAGAGCUGCAGAGAUUCUGCGGUGUUAUCCAAUCCCCAUCCACUUCCAGAACACAUCCGUGCUGAACUCUCAGUAUUACUUCACAGCAGAGUUCCCUGCCGGCCGGAUUCAGAGCCCACUGCCCUUCACUGUGGGAGACAACCGGACGUAUGACGGCUACUGGAACCUUCCGCUGCUGCCUCACAAGAGCUACAGCAUCUACUAUCAGGCCGUCAGCACGGCCAACGGGGAAACUAAAAUCGAUUGUGUUCGUGUGGCUACUAAAGCUGCAAUUAUAGUGACACAGCUGACCACCCCGUAUGUGCGCAUCGCACCCGCUGCGGGCGACAGCCAACUAACAGGUGCGGCCACCAGGAAGCCUGACGCUGUUGAACCCGAGAAACAGACAGAUCACACGGUGAAGAUCGCUGGCGUGAUCGCUGGCAUUCUGCUCUUCGUCAUCAUCUUCCUCGGUGUGGUGCUGGUCAUGAAGAAACGAAGAUCCUCUUACUCCUACACUUACUACCUGAAACUGGCAAAGAAGCGCAAGGAGACGUUGAGCAGCACGCGUCAGGAGAUGACGGUGAUGGUGAACUCCAUGGAUAAGAGUUACACUGAACAGGGCACCAGCUGUGAUGAAGCCAUUUCUUUCAUGGACACACACAAUCUCAAUGGAAGACCUGUUUCCUCGCCGUCCUCCUUUACCAUGAAGACUAACACGCUGACCACCUCCGUGCCAAACUCCUAUUACCCAGACCCCUUUGUGCCGACCGCAAUCUUAGAUGAGCCUCACACGAUGACCAGUGAAACCAGCAGUCUGGUUCAGUCUCACACUCAUUCCUACAAGAAGCGAGAGGCGGCGGACGUGCCGUAUCAGACGGGACAGCUUCAUCCGGCCAUCCGUGUGGCAGAUCUCCUUCAGCACAUCACGCAGAUGAAGUGUGCCGAGGGAUACGGCUUUAAAGAAGAGUAUGAGAGCUUCUUUGAAGGUCAGGCUGCACCCUGGGACUCGGCCAAAAAAGACGAGAACAGAAUGAAGAAUCGCUACGGCAACAUCAUCGCAUAUGAUCAUUCACGUGUCCGACUGCAGCCGGUGGAGGGAGAGCAGAGCUCAGAUUAUAUUAAUGCUAAUUAUGUGGAUGGCUAUCAUCGGCCGAAUCAUUACAUCGCUACACAAGGUAACGGACUUCAUGUGCUGUGUAGAAGAACUUUGUGUGAUUUCAUUGUCUCUUGGAAACUGGCAAAGAAGCGCAAGGAGACGUUGAGCAGCACGCGUCAGGAGAUGACGGUGAUGGUGAACUCCAUGGAUAAGAGUUACACUGAACAGGGCACCAGCUGUGAUGAAGCCAUUUCUUUCAUGGACACACACAAUCUCAAUGGAAGACCUGUUUCCUCGCCGUCCUCCUUUACCAUGAAGACUAACACGCUGACCACCUCCGUGCCAAACUCCUAUUACCCAGACCCCUUUGUGCCGACCGCAAUCUUAGAUGAGCCUCACACGAUGACCAGUGAAACCAGCAGUCUGGUUCAGUCUCACACUCAUUCCUACAAGAAGCGAGAGGCGGCGGACGUGCCGUAUCAGACGGGACAGCUUCAUCCGGCCAUCCGUGUGGCAGAUCUCCUUCAGCACAUCACGCAGAUGAAGUGUGCCGAGGGAUACGGCUUUAAAGAAGAGUAUGAGAGCUUCUUUGAAGGUCAGGCUGCACCCUGGGACUCGGCCAAAAAAGACGAGAACAGAAUGAAGAAUCGCUACGGCAACAUCAUCGCAUAUGAUCAUUCACGUGUCCGACUGCAGCCGGUGGAGGGAGAGCAGAGCUCAGAUUAUAUUAAUGCUAAUUAUGUGGAUGGCUAUCAUCGGCCGAAUCAUUACAUCGCUACACAAGGUCCCAUGCAGGAGACCAUCUAUGACUUCUGGAGGAUGGUGUGGCAGGAGAACACAGCAACCAUCGUCAUGGUAACCAAUCUGGUGGAGGUCGGUCGGGUGAGUUGUCCCAUGCAGGAGACCAUCUAUGACUUCUGGAGGAUGGUGUGGCAGGAGAACACAGCAACCAUCGUCAUGGUAACCAAUCUGGUGGAGGUCGGUCGGACGUUGAAUAUGGUGACGCCCACAUUACGAGUGGAGGACUGUAGCAUCGCUCUGUUGCCACGUAACCACGAGAAGAACCGCUGCAUGGACGUCCUGCCUCCGGACCGCUGUCUUCCCUUCCUCAUCACCAUUGAUGGAGAGAGCAGUAAUUACAUCAACGCUGCGCUCAUGGACAGCUACAAGCAGCCGUCUGCGUUCAUCGUGACCCAACAUCCACUGCCCAACACCGUCAAAGACUUCUGGAGACUGGUGCUGGAUUACCACUGCACAUCGAUAGUCAUGCUGAACGACGUGGAUCCUGCUCAGCUGUGUCCUCAGUACUGGCCUGAGAACGGAGUUCAUCGUCACGGCCCCAUUCAGGUGGAGUUUGUGUCCGCUGAUCUGGAGGAGGAUAUCAUCAGCAGAAUAUUCCGCAUCUACAACGCUGCACGGCCUCAGGACGGGUACCGGAUGGUACAGCAGUUCCAGUUUUUGGGUUGGCCCAUGUACCGCGACACACCCGUCUCCAAACGCUCAUUCCUCAAACUCAUCAGACAGGUGGAUAAAUGGCAGGAGGAGUAUGAUGGUGGAGAGGGACGUACCGUAGUACACUGCCUUAACGGAGGCGGACGCAGCGGGGCGUUCUGUGCCAUCAGCAUCGUGUGUGAGAUGUUGAGACAGCAGCAUUCAGUCGAUGUGUUUCACGCUGUAAAGACUCUGAGAAACAACAAACCCAACAUGGUGGACCUACUGGAUCAGUAUAAGUUUUGUUAUGAAGUGGCGGUGGAAUACUUGAAUUCCGGGUAAAUUGAGCAGAAGCUGCCGCCUCCAUUCCUUUCCAUAGCCCCCCAAACGCUACACCACAAGAAUGUUUCAGACUGGAAGUUUUCCAACAGUUUGGAUUCUGUAUUUCUGGGAUCGGACAAAUGAACUCUGAUGUCACCCACACUCGACUCUUUCACCUGCAGAGAGAGACUGAUGUCUUUUAUCUUUACUGGCUUUUUAUCCUCAUCGGACGAUGUCGGUCAAUUCCAUUUCUGUGUGGAAUGCAACGUCACGUGAAUGUCUAUUUUCUAUCACGUUUAUUUUGCUUUUGUACGUCUGUUUAUGAAUUGUUGGCAUGUACAGUUUUAUCCCAUUGUGGCAUUACCAGUGCAGAUAUUAAAGCGUUUCGUUGUGUUUGUGUCGAGCGAUGGAGAAACUGCUGAAAUGAUACGCGCGCUAAAACGUCCCGUCAAAAGAUCCAAAGCUUGUAUUUGUGAUCAUUUUGUUUAUAUUGUAAAUAGUUGAAGUUCACCAGAUAAUUUAUUCGUUGAUGGUUUUUGUGAAGCACACUGAGUGACAAUCAUGUUUUAAUUUGGUCAUUAUUAUCAUAAGGACUCGACAUAUAAUAGUGACCAGAUUGUAUUGUUAACUUUUUAUUUAUCUGGUAUGAAAAAAAAACUCAAAACCUAUAAAUACAUAUCUAUAUCUGCCCACCUGCCGUUCACGUGUCCUUUGUGCCGUGUCAGUAAUGGAUAAAAACAUACUUUUAGGAAGCUCAUAUUCAAUUUUCAGAUGAACUGUGUUGUGUGACUUUAUAAACACAGUCUUGUCAUGAGCUGUGUUCAGAUAACCUGUGAGCACAUAUUCUACUGUAUAUGUUCAUGCUGUUGUUUCAGACACACGUGCGCGCGCGCACAAUGAAGUUUUAAAUAAUAGCCUAUAGGGUACUACAUGUAGGAAACACCUCUAUUUUAUACAGGAUUACAUUGCCAAGUUACAAACUAUGAUCACAAGCUGAAGGACAAUAUCACCACCCGCACACAUCCUCCAUCAUACAGGAUUUACACCUCAUGAUUGCAACAAUGCUUUUCUGGACCAGCAGCAACAAUAUCAAGACAUUUCCCAGCAUACUGUAACUCACCUCUACCAAUUCAGUUCUGUCAGAUUCUUCCAUAAUUCACACACAAACACGCCUUAUAUAUACUGUAUAUAUAAUUAUAUAUAAUAUAAGAACUUUCUUAAGAUAAAUUAUAGGAAGUUCUUAAGUGCAUUUCUCAAACAUCUUCAUUUUUUCUAAGAAUAAACGUGCAGUCUUUG